CAUUAUAAGUGGUCGUGAUCAUUAAAAAUAAUGUGGUAUCUUUAAAAAUUUCUUGCAUUUGACAGAAUACUUCAAUUCCUUAAUUCUCUCUUGGUUGAAAAAGAUAAAGUACUAAAAGAAGACUCAGAAUUCAAUUGAAACCCUGACUGCUUUAACGGUACCUCCUACCCCAAGGAAAAUUUCAUAUAGCAUAACCAGGGUCUCCGACAUCAAGGGAGGAGGCAGGACAAGGCGCGCCAAUUCCUGGCGUAUGAGCAGAUUCUAUACUCUCGAGAAGCCUCCAAGCUUGGAAUAUUUGGAAAGUUCUCAGCGUGCACCGACGAAACCUCCCGUGCGUUGAUUGCGUCGUCGCUUCAGUGAACGGGCACGCAGCGCCCGCAAUAUCUUUACGGGAAGAAAAAAAGACCUAGUUGAGCUAAAGUUUUGUCAGUAGAUGCCGUUGCUAGCGGUUCGUUGAAAGAAACUUUCAUUCCUCUGUGACAUGGCUACGAAUAACACUGAAGAAAUUGAGGAGAUAGAGAAGAAAGAGGAAGAAAUUGCCAAUUUAGAGGAAUUUCCACCUGAGCUUUUAAUCAAGCAUCCUCUGCAAAACACAUGGACUCUCUGGUAUUAUGAAAAUGAUCGUACCAAGAAUUGGGAACAAAACCAGAGAGAGAUUACCAGCUUCGAUACAGCUGAAGAUUUUUGGAGUUUAUACAACCAUAUAAAGGCAGCGUCAGAGUUGAGACAAGGAUGUGACUACAGUAUGUUCAAACAAGGCAUACGGCCCAUGUGGGAAGAUGACGCAAAUAAGAAUGGAGGGCGAUGGCUAAUCAAUUUGGAGAAAAAGCAGAGAGUUACUGAUUUAGACCACUUUUGGUUAGAAAUCCUUCUCUGCAUGAUUGGUGAAGCAUUUAAUGAAUAUUCGGAUGAUGUCUGUGGUGCUGUCGUAAAUGUGAGACCAAAAGGUGAUAAAUUAGGAGUGUGGACUGCAGAUUGCGACCGUUCGCAAAGCGUUAUCGAAAUAGGACGCAAGCUGAAAGAGCGAUUGCGAAUCACAUCAAAGGUUACUAUAGGAUACCAAAUACACAAAGAUACGAUGGUCAAGGCAGGAAGUCUUACAAAAAACACCUACACGGUUUAAGCUAUUGAUCCAGAUUAAAUAUAAUUAUUAAUAUAUCAUUGAAACCGCCAGCCAUGUCGCCGUAACGUAUUCUCAAUGGAUCAUCAAGAUGAAAGAAAAAAUAUUGCUGAGCAAAUAUCAUUGAGAUAAUUUAUCGAUCAACAGAAUAGUGUCAUUAUAGAAAUGCUACAAAAUGAAACUGUAAGUUUGUCAAAAUUGUCUUGUCGUUAUUACACAUUUCUUUGGUGAUUCGUGACUGAGUGAUGAUUAAUAAAUGAGUUAUUAAUUAAACGAGGAAAUUCAAGGAAAUAUAAUAUAGAAAAUUACCAUAGUGUAAAAUAUUUCUUGUAAGCAUAUUUUGGAAGUGAUACCGGCAGUUUGCUGUAUUUUUUCGUUGUAUGCUCUCCAAAAUAAAUGUAUUUGUUUUUCAACUA